AUGCACAAGCCUAUGAUCAAUGCACGCGCUCAGCAGACCGAGCGCAACCAAAGGCGCCACCAGCACGCGAAGAAGCCCAACUUCGACGUGGGUGAUUACGUUUUAAGGUCGAGGGUGGACAGUAAACACCAAGACAAGCUACUAGUGACAUGGAUUGGGCCCUAUCAAAUCACACGAGCAGACUCGCACUCGUUCACGGUGCGGCAUCUCGUCACCGGGGAGGGGACAGACGUCCACAGCUCCCGGUUGAAGUUCUAUGCUGACAGCUCGUUGCAGAUCUCAGAAGAGAUCCGUGAGCAUGUAGCGGCCCAAGGCCAAAUCCUGGCGAUCAAUGAACUACUGGACUACACAUGGAACAGCGUUAAGAAGGGCUACGACGUGCUAGUGAGCUGGAAGGGCCUAGAGCCUAUUGAGGACUCCAACGAGACGGCCAAGUCCCUAGCUAAGGGUGUACCCGCGUUGCUACGACAGUUCGCAGAACGAUGUGAUGAUACUUGUUUCGAACGCCACGUCAUUGCACUGACCAAGCAGCGCUCCACAGCCGAUGCUCACCGACCCAUCGACAUGUUCCAUGCACCUCGUCCGCGGAACUCUGGCAAUGGGAAGGCGAUCCUGCCCCAGCGGAAGUUUGCGCAGGACGAAGACUUGGACAUUUGA